UGGCUGCGAGCAGGAUGGGGUGGGAUAGAUGGUUGCUGGGAGACCGGUUCGUGCAUUCAACCGCUGCUCGGGCGUGGGGGCCCAUCGGGAGGAAGCUUAAAGUACAUAAGAAAUGGCAAGUAAUCACAAGCCUCCUACAGCUCGUCCUUCUUCAAGAGGACCGGGACUGACAGCCAGGCCUUCGUCAUCUCUGUUACAGACUCCAUCAGCAACCAGAGUAGGAACAGGGAUGCCCCCUGGUACACCAAGACCUGGGACUCGUGCUGGUCUCAUGGGUACUGGUGGGGUCCUGUCAAGUCAGAUUAAAGUUGCUGAUCGUCCAGUGACACAACAGGGAUUGAGUGGAAUGAAAACUGGAAUGAAAGGUCCUCAGCGACAGAUUAUGGAUAAAUCCUAUUAUCUUGGAUUACUUAGAAGCAAAAUAAGUGAACUCACAACAGAAAUUAAUAAGCUGCAGAAAGAAAUAGAAAUGUAUAACCAAGAGAAUUCUGUCUACCUAUCAUAUGAAAAAAGGGCAGAGGCAUUAGCUGGUGAAAUCAAAGAAUUUCAAGGUCAACUUGCAGAUUAUAAUAUGCUAGUGGAUAAACUUAACACCAAUACUGAUAUGGAAGAAGUGAUGAAUGAUUACAAUAUGUUAAAAACUCAAAAUGACCGGGAAUCUCAGAGCAUGGAUAUCAUUUUUACAGAGAGACAAGCCAAGGAAAAGUUAAUUCAAGGUGUGGAAGGAGAUAUAGAGCGUGAAAAACAAGUAGCAGAUGAUAUAAUAAAAAAUAUGUCUCAGGAAGAUCAAGCUAAAUAUAUGGAGAUGAAGGCUACAAAUAAAAAAUUGUUGCAGGAAUUAGAUGCUCAACAGCAAGAGUUAGAUGUCCAUAACAUGAAGGAGGAAGCUUUACAAGCUGAAAUAGCACACUCCCAGAUAAAACAAGAAGCAGUACAGCUGUAUCAAAAACUUCAUGGCCUUGAAGAACAUCGGGAUCAAAUGGUUGCUGAAGACAGGAGUAUGGGAUCUCCACAGGAAGAGAGAGAGAGAUUACUGAAACAGGUCAAAGAAGAUAACCAAGAAAUAGCAAGUAUGGAAAGGCAGCUGACAGAAAUUAAAGAAAAAAUCAACCAUUUUAAUGAAGUCAUUCGACGACUUGACAUGGAUCUAGAGGAGCACCAAGAGGAGAAAAAUCUGAAAUACAAGGAGCUGAAGAGGAGAGAGGAGAGCAUGGACAACUUUCUUGAGACUUUUGAAAAAAUGAAGAACCAGGAACUGGAACGGAAGAUGCAGAUAGAGACCAACAUUGUUGCACUAUUAGAGCACUCAAGCAGGAAUGUGAAUCGUAUGAAACAGAUCUCCUCUGUUACCACUGAAGAGCUGAAGAUCAUGCAGGAAGAUCUCAGUUUCAAAUCAAAUGAAAUGCAAAAAUCACAGAGUACUGCUAAGAAUUUGAGUACAGAAAGUCAACGCUUACAAAUGGAUCUGCAGAAGAUGGAUCUGUUGGAGGGCAAGAUGGUUGAUGAACUGGCUUCGCUGAAGGAUAAAAUUGAACAAAUGACAAAGGACUUAGAGAUCUACAAUAAUUUGCCAGCUCUGAAAGCAUCAGGAGAAGAGAAGAAAAAGAAACUUCAGGAAGAGAAAGAAAUAUUGACAAAACGUAGAAAUGCCUUCAAGAAAAUAAUGGAGCAGCUGAAUACAGAGUAUGAAACACUGAAGAAGCAACUGCAAGAGAAUGAGACACAUUCUCAGCUUACAAAUCUGGAAAGGAAGUGGCAGCACCAUGAGCAAAAUAACUUUGUAAUGAAAGAAUUCAUAGCAACAAAAAGUCAGGAAAGUAACUACCAGCCAAUAAAGAAGAAUGUGAGUAAGCAGAUUGCGGAUUACAACAAAACUCUCAUAGAGGCUUUACAGAACACCAGGAACUGAACCCAGGCGCUUCCUUCCUGCUUCAGUGGACCAACAAUAGGAGAUGUCCCCAAGUACUGUAGAAAGAGUUUAUAUCUCAAGAGUAAUAUAGUAGAUGCACUUCAAAAAGUCUUUCAAAGUCUAGAGAGAUUAUUGGUUCCAGCAGUAUUCCUGUUUUAUAUACAGAGGGUUGUGAAAAGCAACUAAGCCAGAAAGAACAUGAGUGGGCCCAUUGCUCAAUGCACACUGAAAAUGAAAAUAUAGUUCACUCUACCUAAUUGACUGUUUUGGGCUCAGUCUUUCUUUGGCAAAACUCAUAUUGGAAAGAAUGGAACUCUUGCCUCUGCCUUGAUUGGCCUGUAGUUAGUGGUAUGCUUGGAUGUUAAAUUAUGCCUUAUUAAGAUAGCAAGCCAGGUUCUCAGCUGAUGUAAAUCAUUAUAGCUUCAUUGAUUUAAAUGUCAAUUUUUAGCAGCUGAAGAGAUAACCUAGAGGCUUCUAUAAUCAGAAGCUAUAAAAACUUCCCCAGAAGUACAAGAAGUUAAAGAGAAAACCAUAUGUGACCAGUACAUUUUUAAAGUUUUGUCACUGAAUUUUUACUACUUUAAUUUUUUUUUUACGUGUCACAUCUGUUUGCGUGACUAUAGGAUAAGAAAUGUAUUGUGGAGAUUGUAAUAAACUUAGUUCUGUAAAAUAUGUUCUUCAUGUUGUCUUUGUAAACAGCAUUUGAGUUUUAUGUUUUAUGCAAGUACAGGCAUUGAAGGCAAAAUUGCUCAAUUAUUUUCUUGAAA